AUACCAACCAUACUGGUUUCUACGCUAUACUUAACAUAAACCACAACGACAGAACUUACACCGACGACGACGACGUUCGAGGAACAUACUAUUGGUGAAACGAUGGGCAACUACUUAUCCGCCAUCGACGACGAGUGGCAGCAGGCUUGGCCGCCCAAACCCACGUGGAGCGUGGACGAUAUCCCGGACUUGGGCGGCAAGGUCGCCAUCGUCACUGGGGGUAACUCUGGCCUAGGGAGGCUAACAGCAAAGUACCUUGCAUUACACAACUGUACGGUGUACUUAGGCUGCCAUACCCUCUCCAAAGGCGAGGAAGCCGUAGCAGAGCUCCAGGUCGAGUCGGGGAACAACAGCAUCCACUGUCUGGAACUCGACCUCUCCGACCUGGAGAGUGUUGCCCUUGCGGUGAAGGAGUUCCGCAAGCGGGAGGAAAGGCUCGAUAUACUGUUUUGUAACGCGGGGGUUAUGGGCCCGCCGCUGGAGAUGCUCACCAAGCAGGGCUUGGACUUGACAUUUGGCAUCGGGUUUGUUGGACAUGCCUACUUGACGAUGCUCCUGCUUCCUGUGCUACUCUCGACCGCGAAGACCACACCGGGCAACAAGGUCCGGGUAAUCAACGUCUCUUCCAGCGCCCAAGCAUGGGCACCAGCAGGCGGCGUCGACUUCGGACUAGUGAUGGACACGGACGAGCGCAAAGCACGUGGCACAUCCAUGCUCAUGCUUACUCAAACCCGAUGGGCUCUCGCCUGUUUCACCCAAGAGCUCAACAGGCGCUACGCCUCGCAAGGCAUAACGGCCGUCGCAGUGAACCCCGGUAACACCCGUGCGAGCGCGAGCAGGUAUACGCCUACCCUCACCCGGUGGGCGCUGGAUCACGUUCUCGGCUUUGCACCUGAUCCGUUGGGCGUGCUGACGAGCUUGUAUGCGGGGACAGCGGAGGAGACGAGCGAUAUGGGAGGGGCGUUCUUUUGGCCUUGGGCGAGGGUGGGGCACGCGAGAGACGAUACGAAGGACGAGAAGAUGGGAUCGCUGUUGUGGGAGUUCGUGGAGGAGCAGGGGAAGAAGAUUAUGUGACCUGGGACCUCGCCGAGUGCCACAUGAGGGCGGGGAAUUGUUGUAUAUAUUGUAUGAUACCACUUCUUUGCUUAUGGUAACUUAUC